UGUUUAAUUGAGUAGAAGUUCGCUAUUUUUAGAAUAAAGUUUUAUUUAGGAUCCUAAUUUUGAUGGAUAAUUUUUUUUUCAUAAACAAUUCAAAAUAAAUUGUAAAUUUCUUUUCCCCUUCCAUCUGUGAGUGAAUAGAAAGCACUAAUUAUAAUUAAUGCCAAUGAAUAAUUAAACAAUUAAGGGCUUUCAUAAGAAAUAAUAAGGUUUCGGAGGCAAAAUAGAAAAUGUUGCAUUGCAGUGUUUCAUGGUCCGUUUUUGAGUCGCCAAUGACGAUUUGAGCUAAAAACCCUAAUUUCAACGUCGCUAAUCCCUGUUCUCCCGAUUCAUUCCUUCAUAUUGCUCGAUAAAUCGAUAAAGCUUUGUUGAUUCUCUUCCCUUUUUUCUCUUAAAUGCUUGAUUUUGAUCUUAUUCGUCGCAAGUUUGGAGUAAAGAGAAGAAAAAAAAAUCGCAUUUUUCGCCUCGGUCCCUUCUCGGUGGCAGAGAAGGGCUUGCUCAAAUCACUGCGCUGAGCCCUAAAUGAUACUGGGUAGGAGGCGGUUGUAUCGUCUGACCUCCAUUCGACUGUUCGAAUCCCUGCGCAGCAGCAGCGGCAGCAGCUCUUCUGGCAGUUCCAGCGUCCAUCUCCGCCCGGAGAUCGUGCAGGCGACCGUCUCCGCGUGCUCGUCGGAUACAAUUGCGUUGAGCUUCUUCCUCUGGUGCGCCCGUCAGCCGAAUUACUUCCAUGAUCCUCGCUCUUUCGACCGGAUGAUCCCCGUCGUCUGCCGACUCACAGACAGGUUUGGAUCCGUCAGGGAGAUUGUUAGGGAACUGGAGGAGGUCGGGUGCUCCAUAAAGGCGCAAACUUUCAUGGUCUUAAUCAGGGUUUAUUGGCGAGGGGAGUGUUACAGAAGCGCCCUGGAGGCGUUUGAUGAAAUGAUCAAACGAAAUUAUGUUCCUAAUACAUUUGCAAGGAACAUGGUUCUCGAUAUCCUGUUCAAGACACGCAAUCUUGAUGUGGCAAUGGAGUUCUUCGGAGGCACCGAAUCUCCAAACUUCCUUAGUUACAACAUAAUGCUAUCCAAUCUUUGCAGGCUAAGCCAUUGGUUGGAAGCUAGAGAUGUUCUAAGAAAGAUGGUAGAGAAGGGGUUUGAUUUCAAUAGUGGGACACUUACCGUGGUUUUUGAUUUCUUAUCCAAGGCUCGGAACCUGAAAGAUUUGCUCCAGUUGCUAGCAUUCACUAUUGUAUCAGGCAAACAAUUAACAGUAACUAUUUGGACAAUUUUGAUCAAUGACCUUUGCGAAGUUGGUAAAGUUGAUAGAGCAAGUGUGUUGCUGGAGAAGAUGGUAGGGCAUGGGUGUUCACCCACUGUGGCAACUUACACUUGUGUAAUUAGAGGUCUCUUUCGGGCCCAAAAGUUUGAUAAGGUCUCUGUUAUCCUAGAUGUCAUGCUAUCCACUAAGUGCAGCCCUGAUUUGGUCUUUUAUAAUGUCCUGAUUGAUUGCUUCGCAAAAUUGAGAAGGUAUGAUGAUGCUAUCGAAGUCUUUCUCAGUUUGAAGGGCAUGAAGCUAAAUCCCGAUGCUUAUACUCUGUCUUCAUUGCUAUUUACACUAUGCUCAGGCAGGAAAUUGAGGAACCUUCCCAAGUUAAUAGAUGGGCUGGAUGUUUCGGUUGAUCUUGUUGCUUGUGGAUCACUAAUUAGUGCUUUUUGCAAAGCUGGUUUUCCAUCACAAGCAAUCGAAGUUUUUGUCAAAAUGAUGGAUAGAGGUUUUUCUCCAGACAGCUAUAGUUAUGCUGGACUUAUAAAUGGAUUAUGCAUAUCGGGAAGGAUUGAGAGAGCAGUCGGUGUUUAUCAUUCCAUUCUCGCAAAUACUGCUAACAUAGAUGCAUAUGUGCACACCGCCAUCGUAGCUGGGCUUGUAAAAGAAAAAGAAUAUCGCACGGCAAUUCAACUCUUCAGGAAUGCUGUUCUUCAAGAUUACCACCUUGAUGUCGUGUCCUAUACAGUUGCUAUUACUGGGCUUUUCAGAGGAUGCCGGUAUGAGGAAGCUCGGAGUUUGUUUGACCAGAUGAAGCACUCUGGAGUUCUUCCGAAUAUUUGUACCUAUAAUGUGAUGCUAUAUGGCUAUUGUAAGGCUAGGGAUGUUGAUGCAGUUAAACAGUUGCUAAGAGAGAUGGAGAUUGCUGGGUUUGAUGUCGACGACAUAUCUUUCAACACCAUUAUUCGUCUUCUGAUUAAACUGCAGCGUUCUAACUCGGCACUCAUUUUAUGUCAGAGGAUGUGUGAUCUGGGAAUGAUGCCAGAUAGGAGAACAUACUCGUUGCUUUUGGAUGGAAAACCAGACGUUCGCUUCCCUGAAUUGACUUGUAGAUCAAACGGUCUCACAAUUGUAGAGUGUUGCUCGUCUGAUGUUGAAAAUGAACUUGUUUGCUCCGCUAAUUAAUGAUCGUUUGGAUUCA